UGUAAAGUCAGCUUUUAUGAUUUGAGAGAGAGCGUAUCAAUUUCAAAUUAUUAUCAUAAACCUAAAGCUUUGAAACUCUCUUCAAUGGCAGGCGCGCGAGAGAUUUGACAAAAUUCAUUCAUAAACCUUCGGGAGGGAACAGAGGGUUAUCUUUCCAGGGCGGCCGAGGCCCACGAACACAGCAGAAAUUCAUAUUUUAGACCCACGAUCAGACCUCCCAAAAAUGCCAAAAGUUGAAGGAUCAACGUCGAUUUAAAGACAGCAAAAUCCCAGUGGGAAACAGUACAUAAUUUCUCCGCUGUUCCUUUGGGGUCUGGAAAUUAAUUGCAUUCCACAGUCGUCUCUCUGAUUCUGAGUCCUCACCCGCCCCUCUCUCCAUUGUUCUUCCUCUAAUUCGAGCCAUGGCGACAACUGAUUUACAGAAGUAGGGCUUCGAUUGUAUAGAGAAGGAGCCGGGGGCCAUAAUCGAUGAGUUGUGAGUUUCUUUUCACAAACUUCAACUCAUAGAACAAUCCUAGAGAGAGAGAGAGAUAUAGAGAUGGAUGUGAGGAAAAUCGCGGUGAUGGUGGAGGAUGUCGAAGCAGCAAGAACGGCAUUGAAAUGGGCGCUCAACAAUCUCAUGCGCUAUGGCGAUUUGAUUAUUCUACUCCAUGUAUUUCCCUCCACAAGAUCCAAAAGCGGCGCCAAGGCUCGCCAUCUCCGAUUGAAGGGCUAUCAAUUAGCCCUCUCCUUCAAAGACCUCUGCACCGCCUUCCCCAAUACAAAGGUAGAGAUCGUCGUGACGGAAGGCGAUAAAGAUGGUAGAAAGAUCGCAGCCAUGCUCAGAGAGAUUGGAGCUUCGGCUCUUGUUGUUGGCCUCCAUGACCAUAGCUUCCUCUACAAGAUGGCUAUGGCCCAAGAUGACAUAGCAAGGAAUUUCAAUUGCAAAGUUCUGGCAAUCAAGCAAGCAACGACAUCAAUAGAAGAGUCACAUAAAAGCAAAAAUGUGCAAGUAAUAGCAGCUAUGGACAGUUCAACCAACAUGGACUUUUCUCAGAUAGAGAUUGCCAAAUUACAAGCUCCUGAAAUUCUUCCGCAGAAAAUUCCAUACAGAAUCUGCCCGAACCCUUCUGCGAUUAUAUGGAGAUCGAAGAAAUCAAGAAGAAGGACUUUGUGACAAUUAAGGGACCCUCUUAAUUUAUCUCAAACUUCACUUCUCUAAUAUGGCUUGUUCUCUCUCUUUCCACAGCUUCUUAGAUAUUGAAAAUAAUGGAGUUUGCUCUUUUUUUUCUUUUUUUUUUCUCUCUUUUUUUCUUUUUUCAAGGAGGUGUUGAGGUUGUCAACAUAUGCCCUACACACCAACACCCAACAUAGAUGAAAAAAUGAACUGAAAAGGUAAUCCAUUUGGUCUGAUUUAUAUAGGUUUUGCAGGUUUUUUUGUAUAUAUUUUUAUAAUUAAUACCCUAAUCUUGUUUCCUUGUAUGCUCCGGGAAUUUGAUUUGAUAACUUCUUUUAUCUUCGUCUCUGUUUGAGAAACUUCUUUUUAGUUUCCUGUUUUGUGUAAGCAAUUUUAAUUUUAAAAAUAAAAAACUAAAAGAUUGCAGUGUUGUGUACAGACCA